GGGAACACCGAAAGAAGCCAUUAGGAAACACAGAGAGAGAGAAAGAGAGAGAGAGACCCCGCCCCACCUGCGAACCCGCCUUCCCUGCAAACGCAACGGCGACCCCCUUCUCUUUUCUUGCCAUCAAUCGCAAAAUUCCAGCCUCAAAAUUGGGUCUUUCAGUUCCGCGAAUCUGCAUCGCCAUCCCGGAUUUUCCCCGCGAAUCGAUCGAUCCAAGCUUACUUCAGUCGGAGUGGAAAGAAUAGACAAGAGGAGGUGAUAUAUAUCUGCUGUUACUUUUAAAGUCUUGGAUAUGGCAGAGAAGGCUUGUGUCAAACGUCUUCAAAAGGAGUACAGAGCUCUAUGUAAAGAACCUGUUUCUAAUAUUUUGGCCCGUCCCUCACCAAAUGACAUUCUCGAGUGGCAUUAUGUUUUGGAGGGAAGUUCAGGAACACCCUUUGCAGGUGGAUAUUAUUACGGCAAGAUCAAGUUUCCUCCAGAGUAUCCUCAUAAGCCACCAGGAAUCACCAUGACUACUCCCAAUGGGCGAUUUAUGACUCAAAAGAAAAUUUGUUUGUCAAUGAGCGAUUUUCACCCUGAAAGCUGGAACCCUAUGUGGUCCGUAUCAAGCAUACUUACUGGGCUUCUUUCAUUCAUGAUGGACGAUAGUCCAACAACUGGAAGCGUGAACACAACUACUGAAGAGAAACAACGCUUAGCGAAAUCAUCUCUGGCUUUUAACUGCAAAAACAUGACAUUCAGGAAAAUGUUUCCAGAGUAUGUUGAUAAAUACAACCAGCAACAGCUCUCAGAGCAGGUCGUCCAAGAACAGGUCAUAUCAGAGCGUCGCAAAGAAAAUAAACCCGAAACUAGCAGAGAUACAAAUGGCAAUUCCACAGAAGGAACAGCUAACCUGAAAGAUGAAGUGGGUUCAGCAGAAAAGGACAUCCCGAAGAACAAGAAACAGGCAAUGCCAACAUGGAUGAUAUUAUUACUGGUGUCGUUCUUUGGCCUAGUAAUGACUCUACCCCUGCUUCAACUUUGAUGCCCUUAAAAGAUGAAGAUUGCUAGUCUGUGUUUGGUAUGAAGAUGAAUGCUCUUAGUCGAGUGACAGUUCUAGAGAUGCUAUAUAGGUCUUUAUUGUGAAUCAAUCAAAAAUGAUACGUUUGUGAAUAGGAGGUUCAACUCCGAGGAGACCAUUUUGGUCUUUUCGAGUUUUAUUACAAACUGGUUCUUUGUUGGCUGGUUGUGUACCUGUGGAAGUUUUAACUUGAAAGCUAAAGUUAGUUUUCCAUCUUA